CACGUUUUCCUAAAUUGAUUGGAAUCAGGAAUUAGGAAUAGAAAUUUAAUAAUGGAAGCUUCCAAAUACAAAUCCUUUUCCUAAAGGGAAAAGGUUAAAAGCUUCCAAUCCGGAAUCCACUAGUAAAGGGGUUGCACAACUGGUAUAUAUAUUGGACUCCAUACAAACAAUAAAGCACCUUCACUUUGCAAACAGAAACAUAUAAACAUUGACCAGCCAAGGUGAUCUAGUCUCAAAGAUGUCGUGGAAAGAAGAAGAAAAUGCGGGCGAGCUGAAGAUUGGUGAUGAGUUUUUAAAGGCCAAAUGUCUAAUGAAUUGUGAAGUAGCAUUGAUUCUUGAACACAAAUAUAAGCAGAUGUGUGAUGAUCCAACCAAUCAAGUUUCGCAGGUAUUUGAAAAGUCACUGCAAUAUGUGAAGUGUUUCAGUCAGUACAAGAAACGUCAUAGUGUUAGACAAGCUCGAGAGAUACUUAGUAGGUAUCAACUUGAUGAAUUCGAGCUCUGUGUUGUGGGGAAUCUUUGCCCAGAAACAGUUGAGGAAGGUAUUGCUACGGUCCCAUCAAUCAAGAAUAGACUUGACGAGGAAUCAAUUCAAGAAAUACUAACAGACCUUUCUUUAAUAAAGAAAUUCGAGUAGUCUCACCAUUGUACUUGUCUGGCAAGAAUAGAGCCAUGUAAUGCAAAUU